UAUGAAUGAAAAGCGGAGGCUGGUGGAGCGCCGAACUCUUUUACUCGGCUACGUUUGUUCCGAGCGGUUUCUGAGGCUCGUCUCACGCUGGCGAUGGGUUUCCACUUUCGGCUUACCAGGGUCAUGCGGCCUGAUGAUGCCAACAUCGUGGGUAACGUCCACGGUGGCACCAUCCUGAAGAUGAUUGAGGAGGCGGGAGGCAUCAUCAGCACACGGCACUGCAACACCCAGCCAGGGGACCGCUGCGUGGCUGCACUGGCUCGCGUGGAGCGGACCGACUUCCUGCACCCCAUGUUCAUCGGCGAGGUGGCACACGUCAGUGCCGAGAUCACCUACACCUCCAAGCACUCCGUGGAGGUGCAGGUCAACGUCCUGGCCGAGAACAUCCUGACAGGAGCCAAGAAGGUGACAAACAAGGCGACCCUGUGGUAUGUCCCGUUCUCCCUCCAAAAUGUGGACAAGAUCAUCGAGGUCCCUCCCAUCGAGUACGCUAGUCUGGAACAGGAGGAAGAGGGAAAGAAACAUUACGAGGCCCAGAAGCUGGAGCGCCUAGAGACCAAGGAGAGGAACGGGGAGAUGAUCCAGCCCGUGCUCAGCCCAGACAGACAAACAAAAGAGCCCUUCACCGUGGGGAUCAGCCAGUCCAGCUUGAUCCACCUGGUGGGACCUUCCGACUGCACACUGCUGGGUUUCGUCCACGGAGGCGUCACGAUGAAGCUAAUGGACGAAGUCGCCGGAAUUGUGGCUGCCCGGCACUGCAAGACCAACAUCGUCACAGCAUCGGUGGAUGCCAUCAACUUCCACCGCAAGAUCAAGAAGGGCUGUGUGGUGACCGUUUCUGGCCGGAUGACCUUCACCAGUAACAAGUCCAUGGAGAUCGAGGUGUUCGUGGAUGCGGACAACCUGGUGGAGGCAGACAAGGGCCAGUACAGAGCCGUCACGGCCUUCUUCACAUACAUCUCCCUGGACAGGGAGGGCAAACCGCUGCCCGUCCCCCCGCUGAAGAUUGAGAAUGAGGAGGAACAAAAACGUUUUGAAGAAGGGAAAUCGCGCUACCUCCAGAACAAAGCCAAACGGUUGGCAGAGAAGGAGCGUCAGUAAUGAACUCCGAUUCCCAGAAGGCACCGCGGCAGAGCGAGGGUCCGGGGAUUCUGGGAAACCUCUCAAGUUUGGCAUCCCAUCUGCAGCAUAGUAGUAACCUUGAUAGAACAACAGUAACUUUCAGUUGUACUUGAAGUAGCUCUAGACUUUUUGUUGAAGUGCUGCAUACCAAAGUGUCUCUGAGGAUACGGAAGAAAAUAUACUGUAACUUAUUUAAUCUCUGAAGAUUGUUUUAUUUAAAGAUAAAUCACUAUGUACAAAAAAGAGAAACGCUGCUGUGUUAUGCUUCGUGAAAUAAAGGCCGUAAACGUGACCCUUCCAUUGGCUGCCU